AUGAAUGGAAAGGUUGAUUCAUUGUUAACAUGGCUAAAAAAAUCAGAUAAGUUUUAUAUAGCGCCCAACAUCAGCAUCUGUGAAUCACCAGAAUCGGGUAGAGGGAUCAUCCUCAAUCACGGAUCUAUCAAAAAAAAUGAUACCAUUGUUUCAGUACCGAGCUCGAAGCAACUAAACUUUCACACCAUCUUAUACCAUAUUUCAAAGUUCAAUAAAGAGCUUAACAUUCCUGGUAUUACAAUCAAUAGAAAGCAGAUCGACUAUGAAAAAAAUGUUAUUGAUGUGGGAAAUAAAGGCUCAAUUGAUCCAAGAUAUGAAUUAUAUUCUCAAUUAUCAAAAAAAUUUUUGCUAAGUUUAUCAUCAUUUCAACUGAUAUCAUUUUAUAUAUUGGUGGAGAACCAUCUAUUGCCAAAAUGGACUCACAAUGAGAUUCACUCAGAUUGGAAACCAUUCUUUGAUGUAUGGCCCUCAAUGGAGGAGUUGAGAUCCAUACCAGCCAUUUGGUAUUGUGAUCCUAGUUCACAAUACCACUCCCUUAUGAAAUAUCUACCUGCUGCUUCGCAAAAUCACAUGACAAGAAUCGGUGGCCUUGUCAGAGGAGAUUGGAAUAUCAUUUCAGAGAUAGUUUUGAAAUGGAAUGAUAUUUGUAACUCUUUUUACGGUAUUGAGAAGUCAGAGAAAAUUACAAGUGAUGAGUUAUUCUCCCUGUUCCUCCAUAUUUAUUUCGUUAUAAAUUCGAGAUGUCUCUAUGCCGAGGUUCCGUUGAAAGUAGAGGACCCCAUGAACAAUUUCACCUUAGUCCCUUAUGUUGAUUUUCUUAACCACAUUUGCGAGGUAGAUUUGCAUUGCUAUCCUCAGUUAAAUAUUCAGUUGAAAUCAGAAGGAGAAAAAAGUAUUGGAAUUGGGCAAUUUAGCAUUAGAUGCGGGGAACAUAGUUAUGAAAAUAUCAAUGAGGAACUCUUUUUGAAUUACGGAGCACAUUCAAAUGAUUUCUUACUGAACGAAUAUGGAUUUGUCGUAGACGAAAAUAAAUGGAACUACUUAGACAUAUCUAGCGACGUCAUUGAACUAGUAAACGAUGAUAAAAAGGAGGUCAAAACAUUUUUAUCAAGGCAUGGCUAUUGGGGAGAUUAUACGAUCAAUGAGAAUGACAUAAGCUAUAGAAUAUUAGUUGCAUUGAACUAUUUUGUAACAAGAGAUGAAAGGAGAGUCCGCAGAUUCAUUGAAGGUUACAUAUCAGAAGAUUAUUUCAAACCCAAAAUAUCUCCAGUUUUAAAAAAUUUAUUAGCAUCAUUAACUGUAAAAUAUACUAAAAUACUUGACCAGUUGAUAGAAGAACAAAAUAAUGGUGAGGAUAAACUCUGCCUACAAAACAUAAUCACCAUAUACAAAGGAUAUAUAAAAAUUCUUACACAACACUUGAAAGACGUGGAAUCAUAG